UUCUGAGUUUCUUCCUGUCUACCUCCACCUCCUCUUCUUCCUCCAGUCCUGGUCCUCCCCACCCCUCCCCUUCUAGCACAUACCAGGUAAAGGCAGGUGGGCGUGCCAGUGAGUGAGCCAGAGCCAUGCCUCAGGCUCAGUCCCGUCCCUGCCCCCCCACUUUGUUGCUUUCCACCCCAGUCAUGGCCGAGUACGGGACCCUCCUCCAGGACCUGACCAACAACAUCACCCUGGAAGAUCUGGAACAGCUCAAGUCAGCCUGCAAGGAGGACAUCCCCAGCGAGAAGAGCGAGGAGAUCACCACGGGCAGUGCCUGGUUCAGCUUCCUGGAGAGCCACAACAAACUGGACAAAGACAACCUCUCCUACAUCGAGCACAUCUUUGAGAUCUCCCGCCGUCCUGACCUCCUCACUAUGGUGGUUGACUACAGGACUCGUGUGCUGAAGAUCUCUGAGGAGGAUGAGCUGGACACCAAGCUAACCCGUAUCCCCAGUGCCAAGAAGUACAAAGACAUUAUCCGGCAGCCUUCUGAGGAAGAGAUCAUCAAAUUGGCCCCCCCACCAAAGAAGGCCUGAGCAAAGGGGAGGAAGAGGAGGAAGGUUGGACCUUCAUCAGACCGCUCCCUUCCCCCAUUCUCUGCGGGAGGGGGCAAGGGCACCCCCCCAACCUACCCACCUACUAACCUGGUCCUAACCCCCUUACUGUGCGCGUGUGUGUGCGUGUGCGCACGCUGUCUGUCUAUGUUUAGCUCACCUAGUUCCUCCUCCCUGUCAGGGGCUGGGGGUCAGGGGC